AUGAUUCCACUCCCACCAUUGAGUUAUGCUUCAUCAGAUUCUGCCUGGGGAGGAGUUGAAAUGCUGUCAAAACAAGGAGGUGAGAGCACAAGUGGAUGGCGAAAUUGUAAGAGCAUUUUAUUCAGGGGGUUACCUUUCCAUUUUGCUAGAAAUCCCCACUACAUCAAGUCGUAUACACUCGCUGCCAACAACAACAUUUCGAGCUAUGUUCCUCCUUGUUAUAAUACACUACGAACUACGUUAUUAGAAAAGGAGAGGGUACAUAUUGAAAGAUUAUUGGAACCAAUCAAGACGACUUGGAAAGAGAAAUGGGUGACCAUAGUAUCAGAUGGUUGGACUGACAGUCAAAGAAGACUGUUGAUUAAUUUCAUGGUUGUUACUGAGAGUGACCCUAUGUUUUUGAAGCCAGUGAACUGUGAGGGUGAAUACAAAGACAAGUUCUAUAUAUCCAACUUAAUUAAAGAAGUUAUAAUGCAAGUAGGACCACAAAAUGUAGUUCAAGUUAUCACGGACAAUGCACCCGUUUGCAAGGCAGCAGGUAUGCUCAUUGAGACUAUGUAUUCUCACAUAUUUUGGACUCCAUGUGUUGUGCACACACUUAAUUUGGCUUUGAAAAAUAUAUGUGCUGCUAAGAAUAUCGAGUCUAAUGAGGAUGUAUAUGUUGAGUGUCACUGGAUUACAGAGGUUGGAGACAAAGCAUUAAUGAUUAAGAAUUAUAUUCUUAAUCAUAAUAUGGUUUUAACAAUGUUUAAUCAAUUUGCUUCUUUAAAACUUAUUUCUAUUGCUCAAACGAGAUUUGCUUCGAUACUUGUCAUGCUCAAAAGAAUUAAAUUAGUGAAACGAGCACUUGAAUCAAUGGUUCUUUGUAAUGAGUGGAGUACUUACCGAGAAUGUGAUCCCUCGAAAGCUCAAACUAUUAGAAGCACGGUGCUUGAUAAUUUAUGGUGGGAUAAACUUGAUUAUAUUAUAGAAUUCACUGCUCCUAUUUAUGAUAUGCUUCGUUUUGCGGAUACCGAUAGACCUUCACUUCAUUUGAUAUAUGAUAUGUGGGACGAUAUGAUAGAGAAGGUAAAAAAUAUCAUAUAUAGGCAUGAAGAGAAAGAGCUCACGAAGGGUUCUGAAUUUUAUGAUGUAAUCUAUGCAAUACUAACAGAUAGAUGGACUAAAAGUUCUUCACCGCUUCAUUGCUUGGCUCAUUCACUAAAUCCGAGGUAUUAUAGUGACACAUGGCUUAGUGCCGCUCUGAAUCGUAUUCCUCCGAAUCUUGAUAUUAAGCUAUCGGAAGAAAGAAAUAAGUGCCUCAAACGAUACUUUCCAUCAAGUGAAGCAAGAACAACGAUAAAUAUUGAAUUUGCUCGCUUUUCGGGGCAAAUGGAUAUUUUUGGUUGUCCCGAUUCCGUGGAAGAAAGAGGCAUUAUGGAACCACGAAUGUGGUGGAUUGUUCGUGGAGCUUCAGCACCAAAUUUCCAAAAAAUAGCUUUGAAACUAUUAUGCCAACCUUGUUCUUCUUCUUGUUGUGAGCGAAAUUGAAGCACAUAUUCCUUUAUUCACUCAAUUCGAAGGAAUAAGAUACUACCAAAACGAGCGGAAGAUUUAGUUUUUGUGCACAACAAUCUUAGGCUUCUUUCAAGAACGA